AUAUGUGUGUGUGUGUGUGUGUGUGCGUGUGUGUGUGUGCGUGCGUAUGUGUGUGUGUGUGUGUGUGUGUUGACGUCCGGUGCCUAACAAAAGGGACUACAAAACUCUGAAGAUAACGCCAGGAUCUCCAUCACCUUCUUCCGGCUGUUCAGAGUGAUGAGGCUGGUCAAACUGCUGUCUCGGGGAGAAGGGAUACGGACCCUGCUGUGGACCUUCAUCAAGUCCUUUCAAGCCCUCCCCUAUGUAGCACUGCUCAUAGUGAUGCUCUUUUUCAUCUACGCCGUCAUUGGGAUGCAGAUGUUUGGUAAGAUAGCCCUGAGGGACAACAGUCAGAUCAACAGGAACAACAACUUCCAGACCUUCCCCCAGGCUACACUCCUGCUCUUCAGGUGUGCCACAGGCGAGGCGUGGCAGGAGAUCAUGCUGGCAUGCGCCCCCAUGCGACCCUGUGAGAAGGGGUCAGAGGUGGGACCAGCCAGCGAGGACCAGUGUGGGAGUCACUUCGCUAUCUUCUACUUCGUCAGCUUCUACAUGCUCUGUGCCUUCCUGAUCAUCAACCUGUUUGUGGCUGUGAUCAUGGAUAACUUUGACUACCUGACCAGAGACUGGUCUAUUCUAGGACCUCACCACCUGGAUGAGUUCAAGAGGAUCUGGGCUGAGUACGACCCAGAGGCCAAGGGUCGUAUCAAGCACCUAGAUGUGGUAACACUGUUGAGGAGGAUUCAGCCUCCUUUGGGCUUCGGGAAGCUCUGUCCCCACCGGGUGGCCUGCAAGCGUCUGGUCUCCAUGAACAUGCCCCUGAACAGCGAUGGCACAGUCAUGUUCAAUGCCACCCUGUUUGCCCUGGUGCGAACAGCACUGAGGAUCAAGACUGAUGGUAACUUGGAGCAGGCGAACGAGGAGCUCCGAGCCAUAGUGAAGAAGAUCUGGAAGAGAACCAGUAUGAAGCUGCUGGAUCAGGUGGUGCCCCCUGCUGGAGAUGAUGAGGUGACGGUUGGGAAGUUCUACGCCACGUUCCUGAUCCAGGAGUACUUCAGGAAGUUUAAGAAACGUAAAGAGCAGGGCCUGGUGGCCAAGGUGCCCCCCAAGACGGCUCUCUCCCUGCAGGCGGGCCUGCGGACGCUCCAUGACAUGGGUCCUGAGAUCCGGAGGGCCAUAUCAGGUGACCUCACAGUGGAGGAGGACCUGGACAAGUCGAUGAAGGAGCCGGUCUCGGCUGCGUCCGAGGACGAUAUCUUCAGGCGAGCGGGUGGGUUGUUCGGCAACCACGUCAGCUACUACAACGACGGGCGCGACAGCGGACGCAACACCUUCCCACAAUCCUUCACCACGCAGCGCCCGCUCCACAUCAGCCAGACGGGCAGCCCCGGCGAGGGCGAUUCCCCGUCCCACGAGAAGUUGAUGGACUCUACCACCUUCACCCCGAGCUCCUACUCUUCCUCGGGUUCCAACGCUAACAUCAACAAUGCCAACAACACGUCGGUC